AAAAAAAGAAAACCGGGAACAGGACAGCUGAAGCUGCACACACGGGAUGAGUGGUGACGAGCCAGGGCUGGAUGUGGAUUGCCAACACAGGCAGUAGGUGACUGAGAUGGGCGUUCGUCUAGGCUGCUGGAGCGACUCCCCGUGGUGGCCGGCGCCGCCGCUGCUGCUGCUCUUAUUCUGCGCCAUACCCGGCUGUUCGGGCCGGCCGUUUGGGAUCCCCACGCCCUCCGUGAACGUGGCGGUGGUGUUCAGCGGCACGGCCUACCAGACGGAGAUCAAGGGGCGUUUGAGCCGGGAAAACUUCAUGGACCUUCCCUUGGAGGUGAACCCCAUCACUGUGCUGGUCAACAACACUAACCCUCGGGCGCUGCUAACCCGCAUCUGCGACACUCUCUCCACCAACCGUGUCCAUGGCGUGGUGUUCGAGGACAACGUGGGCUCAGAGGCCGUGGCGCAGAUCUUGGACUUCAUUUCCACUCAGACGGCCGUGCCGAUCGUGGGCAUCAGUGGAGGCUCUGCUGUCGUCCUGCCACACAAGGGUGAGGGCUCCAACUUCCUCCAGCUGGGCUCCUCCAUCGAGCAGCAGAUCAACGGUAUGUUCAAGGUGAUGGAGGAGUACAACUGGGACAGCUUCGUGGUCAUAACCAGCCUCUACCCGGGUUAUGAAGCCUACGUGGAUUACAUCAAGUCCUUUACUGACACCAGCUACUUCAUAUGGGAUCUGCAGGAUGUUCUGACCUUCGACAUGUCCGCUGACAUCACGAACGACAUACGAGCGCGGAGGCUGCUACAGCAGAUAGACGCCCAGGUGCUGCUGGUCUACUGCUCCCACGAAGAGGCCCAGUACCUGUUUGCCAUGGCAGGAGAGGUCGGAUUAGUGGGACCAGACUACAUCUGGAUUAUCCCGAGCCUGGCUGUGGGAAACCCAGACAUCCCUCCACCCGACAGCUUCCCGGUGGGGCUCAUCAGCAUCAUUACGGACCGGUGGAGGAUGAGCCUGAGGAAAAGGGUGCGCGACGGGGUGGCUAUCGUAGUGAAAGGCGUCCAGAGUUUUCGGAAACAAAGAGGCUUCAUUCCCGAGGGCCACAGUGACUGUCACAACCCUGUCAAGGCGUUAGCUACCAAUGACACCCUGUUCAGGCACAUGUUGAAUGUAACAUGGGAACACAAUGACUUCUCCUUCAACACUAAUGGUUACCUGGUGAAUCCAGCCAUGAUAAUCAUCACUCUAGACAGAGAGCGACAGUGGGACAAGGUGGGCACCUAUGAAAUGGGGAUCCUGCAGAUGAGAUACCCCGUCUGGCCGCGGUUUGGCAGCUACUUAGAGCCCGUGUCAGAUUACAGGCAUCUCACAGUGGCCACGCUGGAGGAGCGGCCCUUUGUCAUUGUGGAGGCAGUGGACCCCGUGACUGGUACCUGUGUUAGCAACACCGUGCCCUGCCGACGACAGUCCAAUAAGACCGAGACGUACACUUGCACACAGUUAUUGAAGGAACUGGGCUGUAUCGUAGGCCACACUGAGCCAUACACAAAGCUGUGCUGUAAAGGUUUCUGCAUAGACAUCCUGAAGAAACUGUCCCGCACCAUAAAGUUCUCCUACGACCUCUACCUGGUCACCAACGGCAAGCACGGCAAGCUGGUUCGAGGAAUCUGGAACGGGAUGAUCGGAGAGGUGUUCUACAAACGGGCCGACAUGGCCAUCGGUUCACUGACCAUAAAUGAAGAGCGCUCAGAGAUUAUUGACUUCUCGGUGCCGUUUGUGGAGACGGGGAUCAGCGUGAUGGUGGCUCGGAGUAACGGGACGGUCUCUCCUUCUGCUUUUUUAGAACCCUACAGUCCAGCGGUGUGGGUGAUGAUGUUCGUCAUGUGUCUCACAGUUGUGGCCAUCACAGUCUUCGUCUUUGAAUACUGUAGUCCAGUUGGGUAUAACCGCAGCCUGGUCAGUGCCAAAGAUCCCGGAGGUCCCACCUUUACCAUCGGGAAGUCUGUGUGGCUGCUGUGGGGAAUUGUCUUCAAUAACUCUGUCCCUGUUGAGAAUCCAAAGGGCACCACUAGCAAGAUCAUGGUCCUGGUCUGGGCUUUCUUUGCUGUCAUCUUCCUGGCUUCCUACACAGCCAACCUGGCAGCCUUUAUGAUCCAGGAGCAGUACAUCGACACAGUGUCCGGACUGAGUGACAAAAAGUUUCAAAAGCCGCAGGAGCAGUAUCCUCCAUUCCGCUUUGGUACGGUCCCAAAUGGCAGCACAGAGCGCAACAUAAGGAGCAACUAUCCCGAGAUGCAUGCCCACAUGGUCAAAUACAACCAGAAGGGAGUGGAGGAUGCCCUUAACAGCCUCAAAACAGGGAAACUGGAUGCUUUUAUCUAUGACGCUGCUGUGUUGAAUUACAUGGCUGGCAAAGAUGAAGGCUGUAAGCUGGUGACUAUUGGCAGUGGCAAAGUGUUUGCUACCACUGGUUAUGGCAUUGCACUACAGAAGGAUUCACGCUGGAAACGACCCAUCGACCUGGCCCUGCUCCAGUUCCUGGCUGAUGGUGACACACAAAAGCUGCAGACCGUCUGGCUCACUGGCAUCUGCCGUAAUGAAAAGAAAGAAGUCAUGAGCAGUAAGCUGGACAUUGACAAUAUGGCGGGGGUCUUCUACAUGCUGCUUGUUGCCAUGGGCCUGAGCCUGCUGGUUUUUGCUUGGGAACAUCUCCUCUACUGGAAACUACGACAUUCGGUCCACAAAUCAGAGCGCUUGGACUUCCUCCUAGCUAUCAGCAGAGGCAUCUACAGCUGCUUCAAUGGAGUAGAGUCCGCUGACCACAACGGGAGCAUACAGAGUCCAGACGUCACGUCUAACUAUACACAAGCCAAUAUGCUAAAGAUGCUUAAAACAGCCAAGGACAUGGUGUCCUCUGCAAGAGUGGAGAACUCUUUGGAUAAUGCCACCAAAACAAUAGAGAACUGGAGCAGACGGGGGGCCGACAAUGUGCGAGCUGCCCUGCCACCCAGAGUUACCACCACAGACAUGACCCACGGACGCCUGCCCUACAUCUCAAGCAUCACAGACAACCAUUCACCGUACCCUCAGAGGGCCAUAACACCCACCUUUCCGAUUCAUUAUGGGGAUUCUUCAUCCCAACCCCUCCUGGAUAAGCCCCGGGUGGUAACUCGACCCACCCCACUCCGGUACACGCUGCCCACCCGCAGCAGUCAGCACAUCUUAGAGAGGACUCUGCCCAUCUCCAGCCUCAGCAGCCCUCACAUCGCCAUAAGGGAUCCUUCUCCUGCCGGACCGUCAAACCCUCAUCCCAGCAGCAGGCUGUAUGUGGAGAACCAAGCCCGGCACCCCAUCUCUCCUUUUGCCACUUACAGGGACUUCCAGAUGCCCGAUAUCUACAUGGAGCACAGAGCACCCCUGAGGAGGAAGUUCAGCUACCCCCCUGACUGUAUGAGUCGCAGGAGGAGGUCCCAUAGCUAUGUGUUUGAUGCUGCAGACCCAAGAGUAAGAGGUGAUUACGAUGAACCUCAAACCUGCCUCGCCGAGCUGAGAGCAAAUCACCUCCUAAGCAACCACGCCUCCAAUGCAGCUGCCAUGCCUUGCACCGCAGGACACUACCCUAGUGGCAGCACCAGCUGCAACUCCUGCAUGAAGUCCUACCUGGAACCCGACAUGGACGACAUACCACUCCUCGGAAAGGACAAACUGAACCGCCGCGCCUCAUUCCUCAAAGCCACAUGGGGCAAUGACAGGAUCCAUCAGGUAGAUGAAACAAAGCCUUCGACAUCAACAUCUCCCCCGACCAGAGGAGACAUGCCUGACCUGUUUCCACGGGUGGUAGUGGCUAACCCCAAACCCCACAAGCUAUAUGGCAGUCUGGGGCACAACCUGUCCUGCUACCCUUUGGCUGCUGAGCCAGCCUACUUGGACCCAGCCCACAUGGGCUCCUACCCCUACAAGCAAAAGCUCAAGUACUCCGAGUCCACCCGGCUGCCCUCUUACAGGGAAGCCAUUCUGCAGAACGCAGCCGCCCUGCGCCGUUCUUCCUCCACAGUGGUGCACAGACACUAUUCCACCUACCUGAACUCGUACACAGACUUACCAGUGUACGUGGGGCCACUGGCUCAGGGACCGUCCCAGUUCUACAACAGUUCCAAGGACAUGUGCCACUUGUUUCCAUGUACAAGCCACUGCCCAGACAAUGCAGCAAUGCUGCCUCGUAUGAGUGACAGGCAGAUGGUUUACCACAACAAUAUGUUUGGGGCCUACGAUGGCACAGGAAAGAGGGAAGACCCAGGCUCUGGGCCUAGAGACCGGAGGCAGGUGUUGGUUGCGAGAAGAGUCAACAGUCCCUAUGUGCCAAAGCCCUGGGGUAGGGUUUCAAGCCUGGAGUCUGAGGUCUGAACCACCAUCCUUAACAGUCCUCCAUUAGGCUCUGUGACUGAGCCCCUUCAAGGAAUGCCUGGAGGUUCUCCCCUCAGCC